UCACCGUUUCUAGCUACUCUUCUGUUUGGGGAACUGUCGACCAGAAAGAGAAAAAAUCCACCACGACAGAUAGCUGCAGUUUUGUGUGAAUUGUGUUUUCUGAUAUUGGAAUUGUGACACAAACUCACACAACAUGCAGCAGGGAUUCAGCUUGCUUCCUUUUGGUGAAUGAAAUCUAACCAUGGUAACUAACUACACAUGAGCUAACUACACAAUGGCGACCUUGGAGGAAAUGGAUCACACAGCUGUGAAUGGAUCAGACAAGGAGGACGCAACUGGGGAGCAGCCUUACAAGACAGCAGAGAGGACACAUGUGGAUGCCCUUCUGGAUAUUAGUGAGGAGAACUUCUUGACAGAACUGGAGCCACAUGAGUAUCACUGUUACUCUGGCUGGGAAGAAGCUGUCCGCGGUUGGGCCAGAGUUGCUCCACUGAGCUGCAUAUUUCUGCCUCAGAAGAGAGACUGGAAACCAAAGUCUAAGGAGCCUGACAACCUGACCCCCUUGUCUGUUGACCCAACAAUCCGUAAUGUAGACAGCUCAGCUGGCAAUGCUGAGCCACGCAGUGAGUUGCAGGUUGGCCCUCCUAACAGCUUGAAGAAAUCCAUCCCAUUAAACCAGCAAACAGGAACCUGUAGUCACACUACUGCUGCAGCUCCGCAGCCAAAUGCUCCAGAACGGCCUGCCCUCGGUGCCAUGCAGAAAAACAUGUCGCAUCUCUUAGUCGAUGAGAAGAUAGAGGAGGAAGGGGCCCUCAGGGAGACUCCAUUGCAGCCUCACCAUCUGCCCUCAAAAUACCCUUCGAACAGGCCUACUAAGCCUCAGAAACACAGCCAUAGGUCCAAUAAUACAAUGGUUCCCAUUAAAAACUUCACAUUUUUACCUCCGAUCAACUCACCACACGUGAAUCCACAGAGGGUCAGUGGCCAGCUCUGCAGUGGCAAGAAGGCCCCAGAGGGAGAAACCUUAGAGGAAAACUGUUACAUGUUUGAUAAGAGGAGCAGCACAAGAGGAUCAAGAAUGGACUCCAACCCAGAGCUUCCCACUUACGCUGCAGCCCCGACCUCCAAGCACCGGACAUGUCAGUAUAACCCUUACUUGUUGUCUACUGGAAGUGUUUCUAUCCCUAAGAGGUUUCAAGUGCCUAUGUCUUCAAAACCUGACAUAGUGCAUCACACCAGCUACUCAGUGGGAAAGAGCCUCACACAGGCGUUGCACUCCAGCACUGCAGCAGGUGCACAAGCCCAUAUGACCCCAAGCUGCCUGUUCUCUUAAGGAAGUGACUCUUGCUGCUGUGCAUGCUGUUAAUGUGUGUGAGGGCUGUGAAAUAAAUGUUUAACAUGA